UAUCCAUUCUAAAAUCACAUGGAGGGUAUCAAAACCUGAUUUUAAUAGAGAGCUAACAGGGGCUAACGGACUAGAUGAAAAUGUCUAUGUUACUGCUGCCGUGUGAAAGUUGCUAUUUCAUUGCUGAAUAGUAAUUACCUGGAAGAUUCGUCCAUUUAUCCACCAUUUUCUGACGCCAAUGCGCGUAUGAGCCAUUGGAAUAUAAUUUUUUAAGAAUGAACGAAAGGCCCAGCAAUGUCAAUAUCAGUACUGAGGGAAUAUUGGGAUACGCGGUAAGUAUUCAGCAAUUUUUAUUUUGAUUGACCUACCAAGAGAAUUUUUACGUUGAAGAGAGAUGUCGAACGUCUACGACCACUGGGAGAGAUUAGUGGGAGCUGUGAUCCGGAGAGAGGAACUAUGGCGAAUGUUUCAUGAUCAGAGCCCAAGUGUCAGCUCUAUACCAUCUGAUUGCAGUUUGGAUUCUCAAGUCCUUGGUGUGCCUUUUGAUUUUUCAAGCCCUCGAAGUUCAUCUUCGUAUCAGCAGCUACCUCCACUCGCAGUUGAAAACUUGCAAAAGAAAGAAACAUCUGCUGAAAAGGAGGUUUCUAAGCUGGUAUUUGUUCAGGGUUUUAGUUUUGCUUUCGACCUUGAAGACAUGUUGAGGUCUACUGCUCAGUUUCUGGGGAAGGGAACAUUUGGAAGUGCAUAUAUGGCAGCUAUGGCUAAUGGAAUAACAGUUGUGCUCAAAACAUUGAAUGUAUACAAUAUUUCAGAAAAGAAGUUUAGACAACAGAUGUUGGUCAUUGGAAAUGUCAGGCACGCAAACGUGCGUGCAUUGAAGGCUUACUAUUUUUCCAAAGAUGAAAAGCUCAUGGUUUAUGAUCAUUACAGUAAUGGCAGCGUAUCUGCAAUAUUAUAUGGAAAAAAAGUCAAGAAUCGGGCUCCAUUAGACUGGGAAACGCGACUGAGAAUUGCAUUGGGUGCAGCAAAGGGUAUAGCACACAUUCACAAGCAAAGUAGUGGGAAGCUUGUCCAUGGAAACAUAAAAUCAUCAAACAUUUUCCUUAAUUCACAACAGUAUGGCUGUGUGUCUGAUCUUGGCUUGGCAAGCAUGAUUCAAUUACCAGUCAUGCGAACUGCUGGGCACCAUGCCCCAGAAGUCAAGAACACCCGAAAUGUGUCCCAAGCGUCUGACGUAUAUAGCUUUGGAAUCCUUGUGCUUGAACUUCUCACUCGAAAGUCCCCUUUACACGCCAUAGGUGACAAUGAGGUUCUCGAUCUAGUCAAAUUGGUUAAUUCUCUCAAUGGUAAGGAGCGAACUGCUGAUGUGUUUGAUGUGGAGAUCUCGAGAAACCAUAACAAGGAACAAAGGGUAAAGAUGUUGGAAAUAGCGAUGAGUUGUGUUGCAAAAAACCCAAGUAAAAGACCUAAAAUGGACCAAGUAGUGAAGAUGAUGGAGGUCAUUUGGAAGAUGAUGGAGGACAUUACUAAGUCAUAUGAAAGAAAUCAACUACAACCGAAGCUUGUAUUUAAUGAGGGUCGUAAUCUUGAUUUUGGCCUUGAAGAUUUGUUGCGGGCUUCUGCAGAGGUUCUCGGGAAGGGAACAUUUGGGACUUCAUAUGAGGCAACAUUAGAUAAUGGAAUUACAAUUGUGGUAAAGACAUUGAAGGAUGUUAUCGUUACGAGUAAAGAAUUUCAGCAACAAAUGGAGGUCAUUGGAAGAAUGAAGAACGAAAGUGUUGCUACAUUAAUGGCAUACUACUACUCGCGUGAUUAUAAGCUUGUGGUGUAUGAUUAUUAUGGUGCGGGGAGUGUAUCUUCCAUGCUACAUGGACAAUUUGGCAAGAGUAAAAUUACUUUAGAUUGGGAAACUCGACUAAGAAUUGCAGUAGGGGCAGCAAGGGGUAUUGCUCACAUCCACACACAGCUUGGCCAGAAUAUUGUCCAUGGAAAUGUAAAAGCCUCGAAUAUUUUUCUUACUGCUCAAGGAUAUGGCUGUGUUUCAGAUGUCGGAUUGGCAACAUUAGUUAGUACAACCUCGGUGCUACAUAGUCGUUCAUCAGGGUAUCGCGCCCCAGAAGUCGUGGAUACCAAGAAAUUGUCCCAAGCUUCUGAUGUCUACAGCUUCGGAGUCGUGCUUCUCGAACUUCUUACUGGAAAGCCAACUAUACUUUCUGAAGAUAACAAAAAGGCCAGUCAGCUAGUAAGGUGGGUUGCUUCUGUUGUUAGUGAGGAAUGGACUGUGGAAAUGUUCGAUAUCGAGUUGUUGAGGUAUCAAAAUAUUGAGGAAGCAAUGGUGGAGGUUUUGCAGAUAGCGAUGGAUUGUGUUAAAAGUGUUCCCAAGCAUAGACCAAAAAUGUCCGAGGUAGUGAGGAUGUUAGAGGAUAUCAGUGGAAGAAACUCGACAGCCAAAGAUUAGCUGAAAAGAGCUCAUUGCCUAAACCGUUACCAGCUUUGUUGAUGGCAGAGUUGGAUUUGUCUUAUGUCUAAUAUUGCACUCUUUAUGUAUCCUAGGUCCGUUUGAUUACAAAGAUGGAAUUGAAUUGAAUUGUCUAGAAAACGAAUUUCAGGGAAUUGAA